UGGUUAUUGGUGUUUUUUUCUUCCUAUGAUUUCGCUUUAGUUUCCUUAUUUAUGCCUCCUACAUCUCAUGUGUAUUGUCUCUCUCUUUUAUUAUGAAAAUUCCCUUUCUUUCUUCCUUUCUCCUCUUACGCUCCAAACUAAACCUAGACACAUCCCCAUACUUUACAUUUCUCUAGCUUAUAAACUCUUUCAUUUCAUAAAAUGUAUGCAUUCAUAUCUUUAUGUUAUAAAAGUAAACAUAUUUCUUUGUUCCUUAUAGUUUUGAGUAAAAACAAUUUAUUCAAGAGGCAAGAGGGAUCGUGAGAAUCAAACCUGUAGCACAGAAUAAAAAGAAAACUCUUCAACCACCAGCUUUACUUAUAAUGCUCUAAAAAAACUAGUUUAUCUUAUCCUAUCUAUAUAUUGUUUGAUAAUAGAUUGUUACCAUGAAAAGAAAGCACUUGAGGAAGGGUUCCCAUUUUAGUCAAUAAGAUCUACAUCUUCUCUUUUAAAUUUCAUUAAAUUCCCAUUCUCCACAAGAAUCCCUUUAUUUUUCUUUUAAUGAUGAAAGAAAUAGGAAUGUCAAUCCCUGAUUUCUUCACAUGUCCAAUAAGUCUAGAGUUGUUUAGUGAUCCUGUCACUUUGUGCACAGGACAAACUUAUGAUAGGCCUUCAAUUGAAAGAUGGCUUGCUUCUGGAAAUCUUAUAUGCCCAGUUACAAUGCAGAAACUUCUUGAUAUAUCUAUGGUUCCUAAUCUUACUUUGAGGCAUUUGAUUGAUCAAUGGCUUCAUAAAGGCAAUACUCAUCAUGAUGAUCAUGGAUUUUACAAAGUGGGUUCCAAAAUUAUGUUCUAUACUUCAUUAAAGAAUGUUCUAGAAUCUCAAAACUCACCUUUGGAGCAGAAAAUACAAGUUCUUGAGCAAAUUAUAUGCUUGUCAAAUGAUUUGCAUAGGAAAAAUGAAGGUUUAAUCCAAAUGGGUUUUUUGUCAUUGAUUUUGGGUAUAAUUUUUGAAUCAAAAAACACCCAAGAAACUAUGGUUUUAGUGGAGAAAUCCCUUAACUGUGCUCUUAAAUUAGUUCCUUUUUCUUCCUUGAGUGACUUGAAUAUAUUAUUAGAAGAGCAAAAGUUUGAAACAUUCAAAAAUCUACUCCAUGAAGGAAGUAAUUUAGUCAAAGUAGCCUUAUGCAAUAUAAUAGAAAUAGCAUCCCUUUCAAAAGAGUAUAAUUUAUCAACCAAAAUAGGAAAUGACACAAAAAUACUCCAAUCUUUGCUUGAUUAUAUCAACAAUUACCCACAAAAUUCUGAACUUUCAGAAGCAGGGGUUAAGGCAAUCUUAAGCUUAAUUUCAAGCUCAUCAUCAUCACUCGAAAAACGACACGAAAAUUUGAUCAAAGAAGGGCUAAUAGAAUCAAUGGUGACAUACAUUUUGGAAACAGGAAUCAAGAAAAACAAGGAUGAAAUAUUAUUAUUAAAAGUAAUAAAAGCUUUAGAACAAAUUUUAGAUCAUUCAGAAAGUGCAAAGACAGCAUUUAUGGUACAUGGUGUAUUAUCAAGAGGGAUUAAGGCAUUAAUUAAGAUGGUUUUUAGAGUAUCAGGAGAUGAUGAAGGCAGUGAAAGUGCAGUAAAUUGUUUAUUGAUAUUGUGUGAUGAAUCAAUGAUAGCAAGAGAAGAAGCAAUUUAUGGUGGGAUAUUGACACAAUUGUUGUUAUUGUUACAAAGCCAGUGUAGUACAAGGACCAAAACAAGGGCCAGAAUGCUGCUAAAGCUGCUUAGAAGCAUGUGGCCUAAGGACCCAAAACAGCAAUAAGAUAAAGGUGUUCAUUCGAGUUAUCAGGUCAGUUUCGGACUGGUGUCAUUCUACUCAGUUGUAUUUCAGAUCAGUUAUUUUUCGGAUACGUGUCGCAGCGAGUCACACUCGGGUCGAACCAGUUACUCACAGUGAUGAGAAUUCAGUCCACAAAGUCCAAGAUCAUAAAGUUACAGUUCCUACAAGACAAGCUACGGUCCAUGCUUUACUUAGCCACGCAAAUGUCAAGCAAAUGGCUGCUAAUUUCCUGGGAUUCUCUUCAAAGCAAUCUUUUAUUACUUGCCUUAAAUGGGAAGUUGAAUAAGGCACAAUUCAAGCAGCAACUUGAAGCUUCAGUGGACGGUUUUUUUUUAAGAAAUGCAAAGGGUUUUUUUAGGAGAAAUGCAAGGGGAGUUAAAGCUCUUAAUUAGCCUUAAUUUGCUAAUUAAAUAGCUAAUAAUAAGGGGUCAUUAUUAGCCUUAAAUGCUUAACAUUAAAAAGGCUUAAUUCUAGCUUUUGUUUAAUGCUUUGUUUUUUGAUUUUUGUAAGGGGGAAAGUUAAAAGGUUCUUUGAAGGGGAAGUUAAAAGGUUCCUUGAGGGAAGUUAAAAGGUUCCUUGAAGACUUGUAACACUUGCA